AUGUCCGAGACACGCUCGGGGCCGGUGUCGUUGGCACGAUAUCGGCCCAUCCUUUACCUCUUCACCGGUGUCGCCGCUGCCUAUGCUCUCCUCUACAUUCACAAUAACGUCGUGUCGUCGCAAUCUUCAUCACAGGUCCCACUCCGACGCCGAAACGCCAUACGCCGUCACAGACGAUCAGAUGCCGACGAGUCAGGACUCGUGGACACACCGUCAUACCGCGCCAUAACCCAUUUGGAGCAGCUGGAACGUCAGAAUGGGGUAUACGGGACAUUCCGCAUUGAGACAGAGGAUGGAAGACGGGUUGAAAGUGGACUUUUGCCGUCGCUGCUCGCGACUCGCGACCAGCUGAUGGAGGAGGUCGGCGUACCCCCAGCCCACGCAGAGCGCAUGCGCGAGAUGAUGGAGGACACGUUUCUCGAAUCAUUCCUUGCGCUUGACUUCCCCGCUGCGCAUACUCUCCCAGACAAUAGCCCGGAGCGAGCCUAUCUGACGGAGCAGUUGCAACGGCGAGGAAUCUCACGUGGGGGCAUUGAGAGGGCGCUGAGCCGGUUCAACGGCGACGAGAACUAUGGAGAUGAACUGCGCCGUCGACGCCAGAAUGGUGAGCGCGUGACUCUCUCUACGUCGACCUUCCCUGAUGCAGCUGCGCCUCCCCAGAUUCCGGAUAGUGGGGAAACAGUGGACGACCAGAGCGUUUUUUCUUGGAGGGACGGGAAUAAUGACUCUUCUCCCACCCGCGAAGGUCAGAACCUGCUCAACUUGCUAUACCAUAUAGCGGAAGACCAGGCGCGAAGGGAUGGCUAUAUCCACCGAGGAGUGACUUGCAAUAGCUGCAAUGCUAUGCCGAUCCAGGGUAUCCGCUACCGCUGCGCUAAUUGUAUUGAUUACGAUCUUUGUGAAACAUGCGAGGCAAUUCAGGUGCACAUCAAGACGCAUUUAUUCUACAAAGUCCGAAUUCCUGCCCCAUUCCUAGGAAACCCGCGUCAAUCUCAACCCGUGUGGUACCCCGGAAAGCCCGCAAUGCUACCUCGCAGUCUUCCACGUCCCUUGGCAAAGCGCCUGAUGCGGGAGACCAGCUUUGAAAAUACCGAGCUUGAUGCUCUCUGGGAUCAGUUCCGCUGUCUGGCUAACUACGAAUGGGCCGAUGAUCCAAACAAACUUUACAUGGCCAUUGAUCGCAAGACAUUCGACCGGUGCUUUGUGCCCAACACGUCUAUUCGCCCGCCUCCGCCAAGCCUCAUCUACGAUCGCAUGUUUGCAUUUUACGACACCAAUGGAGAUAACCUCAUUGGAUUCGAGGAGUUUCUGAAAGGCUUGGCUAGUCUGAACAAUAAGAGCAACGAUGAAAGGCUACGUCGCGUCUUCCGCGGCUACGACAUUGACGGUGAUGGAUUUGUGGAACGCAAGGACUUUCUCCGAGUUUUCAGAGCGUAUUACUCUCUCAGUCGAGAACUCAACCGCGACAUGGUAGCCGGAAUGGAAGAUGAUUUCCUUGAAGGGGGUGCGCGUGAUGUUGUCCUGGGUAGUCAGCCUAUCAGCUCUGCAUUCCCAGGCAAUAUUCCUUCGGGUGAAGUUUCGCGAGUUGGCGAAGGCAAGCGCAUCAACCCGGAAGGCGACAUGGAAAUCGUUGACAACGAAGGAAUUCUUCGACAAGAUGGUACCGAUACAGGUGAUCGACACUCGGUUGUAGGCGACGCUUCUGUCAGAGAACAAUUUGGCCGUACGAGACCGAUGUUCCCGUCUACGUUACGUCUUCCGAAUACUGCGACCGACUCUCGUCCAACAGACCCCGCACAUGGCGAUGAGGACGACGACGAUGACGAUGAUGAGAGUGAGUCCGAUGAAUCCAGCUCAUCAGUUGCCAGCGGCAAUUGGCCACCACCGGAGCACAUCCAUGAGGAUGACAUAAUUGAAGCCCUCGGAACGUACGUGCCCCCACAGGAGAUAAACGACCCAGUCGACAGAGCUCGCAUCGUGACAGCUGUGUAUAACAGAAUGCGUGACGAUGAUCGGAGACGCAUGGAAGAGACACGUCGCAACGGGAUUGAUGAACGCUGGCGCCGUAGAGCGUUCUAUACCGAUGAAGAAGACGGCACCACCAUCCCUGCAGGCUAUCAGCAAGACCCAGCUUUCGACGAGGACCUCAGUGAUGGGGAGUCUAUAGUCGAAUCACCAACUACCGAAUCGCACCCGCCUUCUCCACGCUCCCGCUCUUCUUCUAAAGUCCGAUUUCAGGAUGAUAUCGCGGAUGAUUACGAUGUGCGGUCCAAUCCAUCGACAUCUUCGCGUAGUAUCCCUGUCGGUGAGCGGUGGGGCGGCUUUGAGAUACCCGAGGUCGAGAAGGACGUCGGCAAGGAAAUCCUGUACCAGGUCACGCAGCAAGGAUUCAACGAGCUUCUCGACGUUCUAUUCAAGCAAAAGGAGGACUUGUUGAUGGAGGUCCACCGGACUCGAGCUGAUCGCAGAACUUGGGCACAUGAAAUUGAGCAAGCAGAGAAGUUAGGGGCGCAGACACGCUCUCCUAAAGAUGGUGAUGCCUUACCCAUUCACGAGGGGGAACUUCAGGAAAUCACAGACAAUAAGUCUCUCGAUGAUCUCUUGAGUUGCGCUGGCUAUGCGGUGCAGAGCCCACACCUUGAGCCUGUUGAUGCUCGUCCAGUCUUAGCACCUCCAUUGCCGGAGGGCAUAUCACCAGGUGAUGGUGUUCGGCCAGCUCAUCUUGCCGAUCCCGAUCAUGAAGACAGGCUUGGCCAGGACCAGUCCUUCGAGGAUGAGGAUGAGGAUGAUGACGAAACAGCCUCGAUCACCAGCUCGUCUGACCCGGAGUACCAAAUGCCUAUUUCCGAGGACGCUUCUUCUGACGAGUCCUCUGAUGCCGAGCCUGAUUCUAGCGUCGACGAAACACCCGACUAUGAUCCCACUCUCCCACAGUUCCGUCCGGACUCAGAUGCGCCCCGCCCAGGUCCCUCUUUCCGCGAUAGGCCUAUGGUGAUGACACACGGCGGAGACGGUACCUCACCAGCCUCGGAGCUUCCCAACCGACUUCGUCUCCAGCCAGAUGGCACCACCCACCUCCCUGCCCCAUCCUCCCCCCACUCAUCCUCGCCAGAAGCUGAGGCAACAGCACCAAAACUCCCACCCUCACCCAUGCAGCCACUCCCGCCGCCACCUAAAUCGACCAACCCGCCCCAGAAAGUCGCCAUCCCGCGCCAGCCUACAGCACGAACUCUAGCCCGGUGGGCCUAUCUGAAUCGAGUCGAGCGUGAAGCUAAGGAGCGUGGUGGUAGCGGGGCGAGGCUCAACUUUGAGGAAUUUUCACGACGGAUGGCAGCUGAUAAGGGCCGUCGUCUGGCAUUUGUAGCGAGUUGGAUUGAAAUGGCUAGCUUUUGA